GCGAGCAGUUAUUAUAGGACUGAAUGGGCGCCAUUAUUAGUCCGGUAUCCAGCUCUUAUAAUACAUCCAUGUGACCGAUAGAUUCAUACAGUAGCAUAUUAGAAAAUGAAUUACAACGUACAAAUUGCGAACUACUUUUAAACACAUCACUAAAAAAAUAUGUUUUAUUUCGGCCUUUUCAACAGAGUCCAAAUUUCCUGUUUUCAAAUCCACGUUUAGCUUUUUUUAUUUUUAUUUUUUUUUAUCGAGCAGUAGAUAGCUAGGUGCGUUAGCCAACACAACAGUAGCAGCCGUGAAGGACUGUUGAAGACUGUUGUUAAGCUAAUGGGGAGAAUGAGCUUGGACUGGGGGGCGUGGCAGUGGCAGGUUGCGGAUGGGGAGCUUUGCGCCGCUGACACAGCCUUGGGCCUCGCUGCCUCAGCUGGAUCCAAUGCCGGACUACAGGGACGUGCUGCGGCCGACGUGCUGCUGCUCUCAAGCGAACUCCUCUCAAUAACAGUAGAAAGCUAACAACAUAAUUUAAAUGAAACAGCCGGGAGAGUUAGCUUGUUUGUCAUUGUUGCUAAUGAUAUCAGACUGAUUAACCAGCAGCCACAAAGUUCUGUUAACUAACAAACAAGAUGACCAACAGCCAUAAAUGGACGCUAUGUCACGGAUGCUUCAUCUCCAUGAAAGAAAGAAGACGUCAGAUAACAUUCACACCUGAGAGUGGUUGGAUGGAUGGAUGGAUGCUGCUGUUGGCUGAUGAACAAUGGUCUUUUUCAUCAUCUACGGUCAUGUUUUGCCAGCGGGAGGUGACUGUCAGAAGAAAUGCCGGUCCCAGGUGCCCUAGUACAUCACCACCGGGACCAUGGCGACUCCUUGGCCAAUGAGAAGAGAGAGGUGCUCCCAUGGCUCCGCCUCCCCUACUAGAUGGUCAGCGUCCUCCUUGAUGCUCCUAUGGUUGCCGUGGGUGUUGCUAUGGCUGCCGUGGCCCGCCCGAGCUGAACAAGUGGGCGGCGGGGGUCACGGGGGGAAGGCGCUCCACAGUUCCUUGUCGUCCCCAUCGUCGUCCUCCUCAUCUUCCUCCUCCUCCUCCUCCUCCUCCUCGUCCCCCUCCAGCUCUUCAGCGUGGGGCUUCAGCACGAGGCAGAGCGGAGGGCAGCUGGACUGGCUGCUGUCAGAGAAGGGACCUUUCCACAAAUGUCCGGAGUACACCGAGUUCAGAGAGAGGUUCCAGCAGGGAUUUUCUACCAGAUACAAGAUUUACAGGGAGUUCAGUCACUGGAAGGUGAACAGUCUGGCUACAGAGAAGAGAGAUUUCCUCAAAGCUCCAUUGCCCUUAGCGCCAGAGUUCCUACGCAACCUGCGGUUACUGGGGCGACGGCCAACCCUGCAGCAAAUCAACGAAAACCUCAUCAAGAAGUACGGAACCCACUUCCUAGUUUCUGCUACCCUGGGAGGGGAGGAGUCUUUGACCAUUUUCCUGGACAAGCAGAAGCUGAACAAGAAGUCAGAAGGCAACAGCAACAGCUCUGUGGUGUCUCUGGAGCUGCUCCAUCAGUUGGCAGCUUCAUACUUUACAGAUCGAGAAAGCACCCUAAGGCGACUGCACCAUCUCCAGAUCGCCACUUCUGCUAUUAAGGUUACCGAAACAAGGACAGGCCCUCUCGGCUGCAGUAACUACGACAGCUUGGAUUCAGUUAGCUCGGUGUUAGUGCACAGCCCGGAAAAUAAGAUCCACCUAAAGGGUUUGCAAGAUGUCCUCCCAGAGUUCCUGCGUGGGCGUUUUGUGGAGGCGGCCCUCAGCUAUGUGGCGUGCAACUCGGAGGGCGAGUUGCUCUGCCGCAACAACGACUGCUGGUGCCGGUGCUCUCCACGUUUCCCAGAAUGCAACUGUCCCUUCGCUGACAUCAAGGUCAUGGAGGAGAACCUGGAGAAGAGCAAAGACGCCUGGAGCAGCUUCAACCAAGAAUUCAUGGAAUCAGAUGAAUUCAAAGCCUUCCUGAAGCGCUUGCCCACUGACCGGUUCUUGAAUGUGUCCAUGAUUGCCAAGUUCUGGUCAACUGACUUGUCCCUCCAGAAGCGCUACGCCCAGUUGGAGUCCAGCACUGCCCUGGUCCUGGGCAAAGCCCAAAAGAUCGUCAGGAAAUUGUUCACCCUGAGCAAACGCUGCCCCAAGCAACCUCACAUCAGUCUGCCCCGAGAAAGGGCCGUUGGGUUUUGGUUGAACAGGGCCCAGUCGCUACUCUACUGCAAUGAGCAUGGCAUGCUGGGUACUUUCUCUGAGGAGGUGAAGAGCUGUAGCUGCCCCGUCGAGCAGCCUACCUGCCAGGGAGUCAUUCCCUGCAUUGUGGGCACCUCGUCCACCUCCUGCUCCUCCUGUGCCAGUGACAACGCAACCCGCUGCGGAGCCUGUCAUCAUGGCAACCUCCUUCAUCUUGGUUCCUGCCGGCCGAGCAUCGCUGCAUCCCUGGACCAUUAUCUGAACUUAGACCUGGACAUGCCUGACGCUGAGGUGAAGUACCUGCUUCAGCGACUGGACAGCAGAAUAGAAGUCCACGCCAUCUACAUCAGCAAUGACGUCCGCCUGGGAAGUUGGUUCAAUCCUGCCUGGAGGAAGAGGAUGCUGCUGACACUCAAGAGUAACAAAAAUAAGUCCAAUCUCAUCCACAUGCUGAUGGGCAUUUCUUUCCAGAUAUGCUCGACUAAGAAUUCAACACUGGAACCCGUGCCUGCCAUUUAUGUCAAUCCUUUUGGUGGAAGUCACUCAGAAAGCUGGUUCAUGCCAGUGAACCAGCCUGACUUCCCUGACUGGGAGAGAACUCGACUGGACGCCGUCGUCACGGCACAGUGUUACAACUGGACAUUGUCUCUGGGCAACAAAUGGAAGUCCUUCUUUGAAACAGUUCACAUCUACCUGCGAAGCCGCAUUGUCACAGAUGAUCCAACAGUGAAUGAAACACUCUUCUAUGAACCAUUAGACCUGGAUGACCAGACGUCCAACCUGGGGUAUAUGAAGAUCAACACGCUGAAAGUGUUUGGAUACAGCAUGCACUUUGACCCUGAAGGCAUCAAGGAUCUGAUUCUCCAGCUGGACUACCCUUACACACAGGGCACGCAGGAUGCUGCCUUUCUGAUGUUGUUGGAGAUGAGGGAUCGCAUUAACAGGCUGUCUCCACCAGCACCGCAGCCACUGGACCUGUUUUCUUGCCUGCUACGCCAUCGGCUCAAGCUGUCGGCCGCUGAGGUGGCACGCAUCAAGGACUCUCUGCAGAUCUUCAACUCCAAGCUUCCCAAUGCCUCUCCUGAACCUGAGCUGGCCCAGCUGUGCAGCUAGCUAGCUUAGUCUAGUUCAAGAGUGAUACCACACAAAGAAAGCUGCUUCAGGGACAACCUUAGACUCAGCGGGCGGGUCCUAAUCAGUUGGAGUCUUGGACCUAAAUUGUCUGGAUUAAUAGAACAUCCAACUCUGAAACCUGACUGCUGGGGUAGUCGUAUGGUCACUCUUGGGUGGUGUUCCAGUGUCAAAUUUUUAUCAUGAGCAGCUGAUUGUUGCUAUCAGAGCCCUUUGGCUAACAGCAGAGUCAUGUUGAAGACUUGUAAGAGAACAGUAGAUUCUGAGACUCUCUUUCAGGAGCUCUAUUGUACUCAACUGGAGGCUAACUUUUGUUAUUACAGCCCUGCUUUGGCAAACUGUACAACUGGAUGAAGCUAAGAGACUCUCUUACACCGACGUCUUUGUGAUUUUGAACCUCAGAGAGCCGAUGUCAUUACGUAUACCUAAGACCUCUGCCUUGCAAAGAUAAAGGCCAUUUUGAUAUGUAAAGUGGAACUCUUAAGGGGUCUUCAAAAAUUAGUUAAUGGAAGAGGAUUCCCCCUUUUCUAACCCUAUUUUCUUUGGCUACAGAACAAUCUCUGGGGAGGGAAAAAUUGGAUAAUAUUAUAUAUGUGCUGAAUGAGUUGUUAUGUUAUGCUUAACAGUUUAAAAUUUGAUAAUCCUGGACCCUGUUACUGUCUUUGAAUAUUUCUUUUUAAUCCCUGCCUUCCAUUUUAUCUGGCAUUUGAAAACUUGUAAGUAUCUAUGCUUAACAUCUGAGUGAGAAGCCUGUUAGUGAUGUUCUGUCCUUGGUGGUGUGUCUAUACCAAAAGACGGUGAACACAUCUGCAAAUUGAAUGGCAAAAUAUCUUAAAUGUUGAGUUAAGUUUUUGAGCUGAAAAUCAUAAAGAAAUCUUCUGAUGUGGUGACAAAAAGGUCUGUGGAUCUAGCGCUGUAAAUAAUGCUCCAUCUAACCCAAGGUGUGAACAAGUGCACAUUGCUUUUUAGAUAACCAAGUGCAAAGACCAAAAAAAUGUUUAUAACAAAACAAACUCAUGCCUUAUAUGGAGAGUCAAUGUUAAGAUAAGAAGCACAUUUAGUUUCUGUGUUUGAUUUCCCGGCGAAGGCUGUAUUGCUUUUUAUAUUUCAAUAUUUCUACCAAGACAGAACAACAAACACAUUCUCCAGAAUACGUGGUAAUGUAGCUUAUCCAUGUAAAUGCCAGUCACACUUUCUGCAGUUACUUGUUUUUGAUUUGGUGUUGUGAAACUUUGAGUCACUAUUCACAGUGCACACCAGUACUUGCAUACUGUAAUUGUUCUGCAAAAUUCAAUUAGAGAACCUCUAAGCAACUGAUAGAACCUGGUUGAUUUUACCAUUAUUUCAAAAUGGUUUUUAAUGGUUUGGCUUAGUCUCAGGUCCAUGAAACAGAUUUUCUUUUUUACAUGAUGGGUCCAAUGCUAGCUGCCAGUUACCACGACGACUGGGGUAACAAGGUUUCUGCGGGCAGUGAUGGUACUCUUGAGAUCUGCAAACUUACCAGGAUCAUACUUGAUAUGAUUUUACAUUUACUUCACUAAUUUCUCACUGAAAGUCAGUAAACCUUGUAUGUCAUUUUCAGCAGUUCUUCUGUGCUCAGCUUGCUUAAGUAAAAACAAAGUGGUUUAUCUA